CAAGAGUCCUGUUUGUCAUUCAGGACAAGGACCUGGCAUGGCUCCCCUGAUAAACAGUUUCGCUCUGGCUCUUCUGACUGUCCAGUCUAUUUUCAACCCUGAUAUACCCUGUGAGAAAAUCACAAAGCCUCUGGUGCUGGAUGGCAACUACAGCUCAAUCAUGGGGAAGUGGAUCAUGGUUGAAAGCGUAUCUGAAGGUAUGGUGGGAAUGGUGCUACAGACGAUGGAGUCACACUGGAUGGAGAUCUCACCUGGUACAAAAAACGAUACCGUCCUUUUGAGACAAGCAAUCAGUAUAGAGAAAGAAUGUACGCUUAGAGAUCCCCAGGAAUUCCCUCUUCAAAAAAGUGCUGUGUAUGACCCUGUCAGUGAUGGAAUUAUCCAGAACUACUUAUUACCAUCCUGUUCCAACUGUCUCACUGGAUACUUCAGACUCGAUAAUGAAGACUACCCCACCAGAGUACUUCUGCUGUUCUCUAAGGAACGCACAGUUUCAAAAAGAACAAGGAAACUGUACCGAAAGCAGGUCAAGUGUAUGGGAUUUCAUGACCCAUAUUUUACCGUCUACGACGCGGAAUCAGAAUUGUGUCCGGUGGAAGAAUGAAAACAGUUCUCAUCGCCACGUUACAGUGAUUCUUUCUAUCGAUAUCAAUUCCUGUCUGUUUUGAUCUGUUCAACCUGAUUAAUGUGUGUUAGAAAUAAAGUGCUCAGAAAUCUGUACACCCGAACCCGAUUCAAAUAUAUUAUACUGUCAGAUUAACUUUCACAGAUUGGGAUUAGCACCUCUACUGUCUGAUUAACACGUAUUGUGUUGACUUAUCUGUUCUUGUUGAAAUAAAGUGCAUUCACUCUG